UGUGAAGCCUCCUUUAGGCAGGAGCACAAGACGGUUGGGUUUGAGGACUUCUUCACAGGUUCCAUCAAUGUUACUCCACGCUCAUCCAGCAGAAGGCCCACUUGCAGCAGGGGAGGAUAGAUAGAGCAAAGCGAGAGCUUCCUGGAUGAUAAGAGAGAAAGUAAGUUGAAGCAGAAAAAGUCCAUGACAGAUACAACAAGUGAGAAGAACCAGGCUCAAUAUAAAAAGUUUACCGGGGAAGUGAAAAAUAAAUGAGAAACCAACAGCAAGUGAGAAAAGAUUGGCAGAUUGAGAGAGCCAGCAAGAAAACCAGCUUUAAAAUAUAGCAGCCAGGAACAGUCCUGGCAUUUGUAAAAAGAUCAAUGGGAGCUUCACUUUGAAUGUGGCAGCAUUUGGAAACAAAGACCAACAAGUAUUGGACUGAGGAUAGUGGCGGACAGUAGCUGAAAAUGUGUUUUUAUUGUCAGAAACACCUUGCUCCUCCUUGCCUCCCCAGAAUAGCUGUUUCAAAGCACCUGCAUGCUGACAUUGGUUGCUGUGAAUUGCCUUCACUUUAUGGGUUUCCCAGGUCCUAAAUUAACUGGCUGGCAACUGUAAAAUUCAAAUAGCUACUGUCUUCACCUAUGCAGUAAUCUGGCGGAGUCAAUCAUCCACUCGUAGAACAUGUUUGACUUUUGGAAUUCUCAUGUCAUUGAAUUAACUGGAUUAAAAUAAAGUCGGCUGUGUAACUAAAGCAUGAAAACAUCCCCCAGAUAAGUAUCUAGGUGUUGAAGAUGGAAACCUAUCCCAAGGAGUGCACAAAGCCCAUUGCCGCGGGAAAAGCGGCAAUUACUGCUUCAUUAAAUAGCUCCAAAUAAGAAAGGGUAUUAAUGGCAGGAAACGUGGAUGUGUACAACUCUUCUGUUCAUGACUCCUGUGUUUCUUCAGGGUUUAAAACCCUGUAUGAAGAAGGAUUGUUAUUCGAUGUCACGCUAGUAAUUGAGGAUCACCAAUUCCAGGCUCACAAGGCACUAUUGGCUACACAGAGUGACUACUUUCGAAUAAUGUUCACAGCUGACAUGAGGGAGCGAGACCAGAACAAGAUUCAUCUUAAGGGACUGACUCCAACAGGUUUUAGUCAUGUGCUUCAAUUUAUGUAUUAUGGCUCCAUUGAACUGAACAUGAGCACUGUCCAUGAGAUCCUGCAGGCAGCCAUGUAUGUCCAGUUGACUGAAGUGGUGAAAUUCUGCUGUUCUUUCCUAUUAUCAAAAAUCUGCUUGGAUAACUGUGCAGAAAUCAUGCGACUCUUGGAUGAUUUCAGUGUUAAUAUAGAUGGUAUCCAAGAACAGCUGGACAAGUUCCUCCUUGAGAAUUUCGUGCCACUCAUGUCCCGAGCUGACUUUCUAUCCUACUUGAGUGUUGAAAAGCUUUUGUCAUGUUUGGAAAAUGACCAAUUAAGCCGAUUUCCAGAGAUUGAGCUUUUUGAGGCUGCGCAGGCCUGGCUGCGACAUGACAGAAGUCGUUGGAGGCACACAGAUGCCAUUGUUCAGAAUGUCAGGUUUUGUCUGAUGAAUACGACAAACGUUUUGGAAAAGGUGAAACCAUCUGAAUUCUAUCGCUACUCGCGACAGCUGCGUUUUGAGGUUGAGCAGGCUUUAAGUUAUUUUCAGAAUAUUAAUCAACAGCCUCUUCUGGAGAUGAGAUCCAACCGCAUUCGCUCUGGCAAGGCACAGACUGCAGUUUUCCGAGGAAUGAUUGGACACAGCAUGGUGAAUAGCAAGAUUCUUCUGCUGCACAGGCCAAGAGUCUGGUGGGAAUUGGAAGGUCCACAAGUACCAUUGCGACCUGAUUGCCUUGCAGUAGUGAACAAUUUUGUGUUUCUGUUAGGAGGGGAAGAGUUGGGCCCUGAUGGUGAAUUUCAUGCCUCUUCGAAAGUUUUCAGGUAUGAUCCUCGACAAAAUUCAUGGUUGAGAAUGUCUGACAUGUCUGUUCCCCGAUCUGAGUUUGCUGUUGGUAUCAUUGGAAAAUAUAUCUAUGCUGUGGCAGGGAGAACGAGAGAUGAAACGUUUUACUCUACAGAACGUUACGACAUUACACAAAACAAAUGGGAAUUUAUUGAUCCAUAUCCAGUUAAUAAAUAUGGACAUGAAGGAACAGUUCUCAACAAUAAGCUGUACAUAACUGGAGGUAUAAUGUCCUCUUCAACCUCCAAACAGGUAUGUGUAUUUGAUCCCAGCAAAGAAGGGACUGUAGAACAGCGGACAAGGAGAACGCAAGUUGUUACAACAUGUUGGGAGAACAAAGCCAAAAUGAAUUAUGCACGCUGCUUUCAUAAAAUGAUUGCCCACAAUGGGAAACUCUAUGUAUUUGGUGGUGUGUGUGUAAUUUUACGGGCAUCUUUUGAGUCUCAAGGCUGUCCGUCUACAGAAGUUUAUAAUCCUGAUACUGAUCAAUGGACUAUCCUAGCAUCAAUGCCCAUUGGUAGAAGUGGACACGGGGUGGCAGUUGUUGAAAAGCAGAUAAUAGUCCUUGGUGGCCUUUGUUACAAUGGUCAGUACAGUGACUCCAUACUCACCUUUGAUCCAGAAGAAAAUAAAUGGAAAGAAGAUGAAUAUCCAAGGAUGCCUUGUAAGCUGGACGGCUUACAAGUUUGCAGCCUUUACUUUCCUGACUUCAUAUUGGAGCAUGUUCGGAGAUGUACAUAAGCCAAGGCAGUGGUUACAUUACACUAAUCAACUGGAUGGGAGUGUAGAUCUUUAAUGGAUUUGGGUGAGAGCAAGUUGUGCAGUAUUGAAAAGUAUUCCCAUUGAAAUACUGGAUGCCCAAAGAAGAAGCUGUGUAUGUCUUUCCUGUGCAUUUCAGAGGUUUGUUUUUUUGUUUAAUUUGAAUUAGUUGUAGUCUUUGCUAAAAUCUGUAAAAGAUUUUACAUUUUGUUUCUACCAAUUAACUUUAGAAACCUGAGUUGUUAAUGGUGAAGUUUGUGUUUGUAACUGUACUUGACAAUUUGACCCUUUAAUACCCUUACAACUGAGCCUGGCAUUCUCUAUAUUUGGUACAAUUUCUGUAGAGCUUACCUGAAUUUUUGUCAAUUUUUAUAAUUUUUUUAGUAUUUUCCUUUUAGGUUUCUCUCUUGUUUAUAAUUUUAUCAACAACUUUAGCAUGCCACUGAAAUCUUAUUUCACCUGAACUUCUAAUCAAAUUUCCCUGAUUUCUCUUUCAUGGUCCGAUCAUUUGUGCUCAGAAUUAUGCAUCCAUUGAGGAACAAAUUCUUUAGGUCGGUUACAUUAUGAAAAUAUCCCAGUGUGCAGUUAAAGUUUAAUGCAGGAGGCAGCAGACAUCACACAAGAUAGGAAAACUAUUUCUGAUAGGAUCAGUGGGAGUCAAGGAUGGUGAUGGGGAAAAGGAUACAGUCUGGAAGCUAGAACAAUUUUAUAGUGAAUUAGAUGAUUAUUUUGGCGAAAUCAAACCUCUUGAAGGAAUUAUUGAGUUCCUCCUGUAUAUAAACCUGUGCUUAACAAAUUUAUGUUCACUUUUCAUUGGCUUUAAUAUGAAUACAGUCUUUUGUUUUUUAACUUUUAUUUGUAAAGUAGAAGUUAUAUUUUUAGAGUUCUAGAGGACAACCCUGGAAACCAAGACUCCAGAGUGAAUUGUAUCUUGCAAAUAGCUUAAACCAUACAAGUUAAUUUAAAAAAAGGAUUGCUGGGAAAUCCUUCAUUAAGUCACUGCAAUGUCUUUUGUAUGUUAAACUUCUUCACCUUUAUGUGAAUGUGGGAUUUGAGAUGAUUGAAUAAGUUUUCAGUAGAAUUACAGGAUUUAGGUAAACCAGUCUCUCAUUGAUUUGAGUUGAAACUGUCUGGGUGGUGAAAUACACUGGAAAGGCUUCUCUUUUAAAAAGAAAAAAAGUUCUGUUCUAAGAACAAAGCAUUUUUCAAAAUGCAUGUAAAUGUACAUUUUCGUACCAUCUCCAUGCCAUCACUUAUUCUGGAAUGAACAGUAGACUCUAGUUGCAGCUUUUCCUGGACUGAAUAAUUUAUCUUGCACAUUUGCAACACUUUUUUUUUUGUGACCUGCAAAGUUUGUUUAAACACAUUGGACACCUACCAUUUUAACCAUUUGGAAACCAAAAAAAAUUUCAUGAAUUUGAUUGUAAAAAAACUAGAUUUAUCAAACAAAAAUGUAAACGAAUCAGGAAGUGUAAAAACUGUUGACAUGUAAAUACUGAAUCUUAUAUUUCUCUGGACAAAGUGGAUGCAUCAAGCUUCUAAAUGAAGUGUAUUUAGUUAACUAAAGUCUUGAAAAUUUGUGUUACAGAAAUUAAAAUAUUAAAAAUGAUUUAUCACCAACAUAUGCCAUUGUUGUAGCAGUCUGAAUUUAAAGCUUCUCAAUUAAAAGAUGACAUUUGAAAAUCAACUUAUAUUCAUCAAUUCUUUGGAGGUGACAGCUGUCAUUAACCUAUCCUCAACACUUCACCAUGUAUGUAUUUCAUGCAAGUCGGAUACACCUUUUCCCAAAAAAAACCACCUUGCUUGUUUUAGAAAUUGUCGCCAAUACAGGACCAUCUACUAGGCUGCACGGUGUACGAAUUAUCCCCGUUUUUAAAAAAAAAAAAAAUUCAAUUCUCUCUACUGAAUAGUCUCCUUUUUAUUCCAAGCCUUAAGAUGAGGGUAAUUUAUUAUAAAGAUUUGAGGUAAGUAUAUAUCUGUAGGAUAAGGGAGUGGGGGGAGAGAAAUUGAAUCAAUUCAUGAAAAUCAAUUGUAAGUAAGACCUUGUGUUGCACAGAAGCAUAUGUAGCUAACAUUUAUGUGCCUGGAGACUUGAUGGGAUUGAUAGGGACUUGAUAGUUUAGUGGGAUGGCAUAAUUUGUGUAUAAGCCCUGUUCUGGGUUUUAACAAAUUACCCAAAUUUUAAAGACUUUGCAUUAAUCACCCAAAGGUAUUUAGUUAUUUAAUUUCAAUGGAAUUUUGGUAAUAAGAAACAGGGCAUUCAGACUGUAGUCCCAGAGUUUUAAGUGCCUGCAUUCACAAACUAAAUGUAAGGUUAAGAUUAGUCACCAAGAAUUCUUUUCAGUAAAUCAUUUUGUUUUAUUGUAAUCAAAAUUGUGGCGCUGAAAAGCACAACAAACCUAAACUUCUGUAAUUCAUUGUCAAUGUUUUGAAUAAAAGGGAGGUUUUUCUACAUUUGAAACAGACUAUGUAAGUCAUAAACAUUGGUCGGUUCUUGGACUGUUUCACAAAUGCAGCCAAUGAAGUUAAAAUAGAACAAAGUAUUGCUGUAACAAUUUCUUUGAGUUUAUCCUCCAACCUGAAACCUAUUCAUUUAGUCAUGGGCCAGCUUGUUGGUGCUGAGAGCCACUUUUACCAGCAGGAGUGGGCAAGAAAGAGCGCUUUUAAUCUAAGACAGACCCAAGUUAAAAUGCAUUUACAUGUUAAAUAUUUGACUGAAUGUUCAUGCCUUAUUUAUAUUAACUGUAUAUUCUUGCAAGAAAAAUUGGAACCGCACUGCAGUACAUAAUAAAAAUAUUCAAAUAUCCACUUAAUCAGUGCAAAAAAAUUGUGACUUUUUAAAGCUGAAGAUAUUUGUAAAAUUGUAAAAAGUGUUAAAUAAAAGAGUUGACUUUUAAAAAGAAUUCCUUCAUUUGUCAAUUUUACUUGAGUAUUUGUAUAUUAAUAUGCUUUGACUUUAUUUCUAUUAAAGGUAAUGCCAGAAAGAAUCCCAAAAAUGGUAUUGUGAACUUGCCUUAAUUUCUCAGUUUGAAGGAAAAAUAGGUUUAAAUGUAUUUGUUUUCUAUUAAUGUAUCAAUGGAUAUAUAUGACAUGAUAUUAUUUUCAGAGAUGGUAAAAGUCAUCUAACUAAAGAACAAAAGUGUGUGAAACCUUUACACUUUAAAUCUCAUUAAACAAAUGUAUGAAAUUGAAUUAGUAUUCUAGUGAUUUUUCUCAUAACCACACUUUGAAUUUUUUUGACAAUCAUUGUCAAAAAAGCUUUGACUUAUGCAAAUGUCCUUUUGUAAAUAUUGUUUAGCUUUUGAUUAAACCAAUUAAGUCCCUUCAUCCAUUUAAAAAUGUUGAUGUCAAUGUUUCACUAACAUUAAGGAAACAAUUUUUAUUAAAUGUCCUAUGUAUUUAC